AGUAGGCGUCUUCUCUAGUUCUCUCCCUUGUAGCGUCUCCUGAUCGAGAAUCUAUAAAAAGAGCUUCUCUCCAUCACACUCAAAGGGUUGAAAUUUUCUUUAUUACAUAGUUUCAGUCAUUCAUCUCUUCCUUGUUUUCCCCUCUUCAAUAAUGGAGCCAUGCAGCAAACCUAUUCAAGAAUUCACUUCUCCUUUCGAUUGUCUUCUUUUCGAUCUCGAUGACACUUUAUACUCGUCGAAGGUGGGAAUCGGUGAAGCCUGCAAGAGGAACAUCGAAGAAUUUCUUGUGAAGAAAUGCGGAUUUGCAGAGGUUAAAGCAUCCGGUCUACGAGUUGAGCUUUUCAAAACAUAUGGGAGCUCUCUUGCCGGCUUGAGAUUUCUAGGUUAUGACAUCGAUGCCGACGACUACCACGGUUUCGUGCACGGAAGGUUGCCUUAUGAAGCGAUCAAACCAGAUCCUCAAUUACGAGCUCUUUUACGAAGCAUCAACCAGAGAAAGAUCAUUUUUACGAAUUCCGAUAGGAAGCACGCGAUUAAAGUUUUGGAGAGGAUAGGAUUACAAGACUGUUUCGAUGAGAUAAUCUGCUUCGAAACUCUUAAUCCAAACAUUUCGAAAUCCAGUCGUCCCAAUGAGUUUCCCGUUGUUUUGAAGCCGUCGAUCGACGCCAUGAAAAUCGCCAUCGAUGCUGCACAAGUUGAUCCUCGUCGUACGCUGUUUCUCGAUGACAACGAACGGAAUAUUGCCGCCGGAAAAUCCGUCGGGCUUCGUACCGUCCUGGUUGGGAAGCAAGUGAAGAGAAAAGAAGGCGAUUACGUGGUUGAGAGCGUGGUUCAUCUGCCACAAGUGGUUCCAGAAAUAUGGGUUAGUCCAACCGACAGCAAAGACCAGAGGAUGAGUCGUGGCCGGAGUGAGAUGGAUCCGGUUCUCAAAUCGACAACUGUUGGUGCUUAGUUGAUGAGCUGAGUGGUUGACCCUACCCUACAGACGUUCUUGUACAUUUUGUUCAUGUGCUUGUGUAUAAUAAUCGUAUGGUGGUUGUAUGAUGAUGGGCUGUACAGAAGAAAAAUGGUAUUUAAAUGGGUGGUUAGUUAUGUCUGUGUAGUGUGAUGAUAUGUCAAUGUUAUAAAAAAUAAGUUGUCCACGUGUAUCCCAACAGUCAUCUGAUAAAGAUAUGGACAGAGGCAGGACCACAUCGCACGAAUAAUUGAUGGGAAGGCAGAAGCCUCCAUUCCAUCCUUGUCAUAAUUGAUAAUCCUCUCACCUCUCGCUUAUUUGGCUAAGAAGCCAAGGCUGUACCUGUACUUGGCAGAGCUUGUUCUGUGGAACGUGGGAGACUGUUUUGGCUUACAUAUAAAAGUGAAGCCAAUAAGAUUGUAUUUGGUAUCAUUGUUGUUUUUACUUACAAGGGUUUGAAUUUAUGGAUAUAAAUUAUAAUGAUUAAAGUUUA